UCCCUAUAAAAUCACAUUGGUAAUCCACUGCAAAAUUGAUCAUUCCUCUCUCCUUGCCAUGACUUCUCCUAGAGCUCGCCAAUGGCUAAGCCUUGUGGGUAUCAUAUGGCUACAAUCAGUAAAUGGAACAAACACAAAUUUUCCUGCAUAUUCAUCCCAACUCAAACAGCUUCUCUCCAUCUCUCAAUUACAGCUUAACAAUCUUGCUUUUGCCUCAGAUGCUGGGAAAAUUUUCGGUUUCUUUUCAGGCAUUGCUGCUUUUUAUCUUCCCUUAUGGCUUGUUCUCUUGAUCGGUUCUACUCUUGGUUUGAUCGGUUAUGGAGUUCAAUAUCUCUUCUUAACAAGUUAUAUUUCUUCUCUUUCCUAUACCCAUAUCUUCUUACUCACUGUUGUAGCAGGAAACAGCAUCUGUUGGAUCAACACAGUUUGCUAUGUAGUUGCCAUUCGCAAUUUCCCAUUUCAUCGGCAGCUCGCCGUGGGAUUAUCCACCAGCUAUCAAGGAUUAAGUGCUAAGAUAUAUACAGUACUCGUUGAUGCUUUGUUCUUUUCUUUCCCUGACAAAAGAGCUAAAGCCUAUCUUCUUCUUAACUCCAUCUUACCAUUUCUGGUUAGUGUUUUAGCUGCACCAGUAGUCAGAGAUGUUGUUGAUAUUGGAAAUAGCAAGAACAUGAAAAGUGGGUUCAUGGUAAUGUUUAUUAUAACAAUAGUCACUGGAAUUUUUGCUGUGAUCACGAGUUUGAAGUCCAUGGCAAGUGGGUUGCCACCUUUGGGUAAUGCAAUUGGUGUUGUGGGAUUUCUCUUGGCUCCCCUUGUAAUCCCUUUGGCAGUGAAGAUCAGAGAAGUUUUAGCAGCAAAAUGGAUGUUAAACAGAGAAGCAAAGGUGCAUACUUUUACUGUAGAAGAGAAUGAUGAUGCAGGAAGAAUGGAGAGUGGGGUGAAAGAAGAUGACACAAGGGAAGCCAUUGAAGUCGGUGUGAAGGAAGAAAUUGGAGUGAAAUUAAUGUUAACGAGGUUGAAUUUUUGGUUAUAUUUCUUUGUAUAUUUAUGUGGUGCGACACUUGGGAUUGUGUAUUUGAACAACCUUGGACAAAUAGCCGAGUCUCGUGGAUGUUCAGGAACUUCUUCUCUGGUUUCUUUGUCUUCCUCAUUUGGCUUCUUUGGUCGUCUCAUUCCAUCUCUGGUGGACUACUUCUUCCCAAGGAGGAAGCACUUGAUUUCAAGACCAACUUGUAUAGCUGCACUAAUGACUCCAAUGGCUGGAGCUUUCUUCUUUCUUCUAAACAAAUCCAACAUCUCUCUCUACAUCAGCACAGCUAUUAUUGGUAUCUGUACAGGAGCAAUUACUUGUAUUUCAGUAUCAACAACAACUGAGCUAUUUGGGAGCAAGAAUUUCAGCAUCAACCAUAAUCUUGUGGUUGCUAAUAUCCCAAUUGGUUCCUUCAUUUUUGGCUAUUUUUCUGCUCUUGUUUAUCACAAGGAAGGUAAUGAAGAUGGAAAUUGCAUGGGGAUGCAAUGCUAUAGAAGCACUUUCAUUAUCUGGGGUUCACUUUGUUUUCUUGGCUCUACCUUGGCUUUAAUUCUAUAUGCUCGGAUGCGAAAGUUCUACUCGAAAGUAAAUCAUUGAGUGGUCCGUCCCGGUGCAUAUGCUCUGUUACUAAUAAAGAAUGGGUCUUACUCUCCGUGAUUCAGACAAAUACUAACUAUAUGUGAUUGAGAGAAUACAUAUACACGUGAUGUACUGUAUAAUUUACCUUACUUACCAGCCAAAUAGAUCAUAUAUUAAUUAGCACUUAAAUAGGUUUAGACUCCAUAAUUACACAUAUAUUGUAAUGCAAGUAAAUGAAAUUAUAACGUAAUUGAAAUUAAUCUUUGUUGCCUAAUAAUUUGGGUACCGCUUUUCUUUUUA